AUGUCAACAUACAUUCGUCCUUCCCUCAAGGUUGUGGGUGUUGCGGCAGCUGGUGCCACAGCGGGAUAUACAGCAUGCCAUUACUGGAACACGACCUUCUUCCAAUUCAACACAGUUCAUGCCGAGUCCCCUCCUUCAGAUGCCAAGGCAGCACUGAAGAAGAUGAACUGGAAGGGCUUCACAGAGCUCAAGCUCGAGAAGGCUGAAAUGGUCAAUCACAAUGUCAAAAGGCUGACUUUCGCUCUCCCUGAUGAUUCAUCAAUUACCGGCAUUCCCCCCGUCACAUCUCUUUUGACCAGACACACGCCCGAAGGAGCCUGGAUUCCAGUUUUCAGACCCUACACACCUGUCAGCGCCAAUGACCAACCCGGAUAUGUGACGUUCAUGGUCAAGAAGUAUCCCAAUGGCAAGGGAUCCGGCAAAAUGCACUCUCUGAAACCUGGUGAUUCAAUGUUGUUCAAGCCACUCCAUGAGUUCGACUACAAGCCAAAUCAAUACUCAGCCAUGACCUUCAUUGCCGGAGGUUCGGGUAUCACUCCGAUCUACCAACUGACCCGGGCUAUCCUCAACAACCCUGAAGACAAGACCAAGCUCGCCCUGGUCUAUGCGAACAACUCGGAAGAGGAUAUUUUGCUGAAAAGCGAAUUCGACGAACUUGCACAGCAAUUCCCAGACCGUUUCACCAGAACCUACACCAUCAGCAAGACCACGCCAGAAAAUGAGGGUCGCUACCACCAAGGCUACGUGGACAAGACCAUGUUGAGCCAGGUGAUGCCCCACAAGAUGAACGAACGGAAUGUCAAGGUUCUCGUCAGUGGGCCCCCUGCCAUGAUUGAAGCUGUGGCAGGCGCCAAAGGCGGCUUUGGCUGGACACAGGGCAGCCUGGGCGGGAUCCUCGGAGAGCUCGGCUAUACCAAGGAAGAAGUGCACAAGUUCUAG